AUGGACGUCGGCGAGAAUUUUGCCCUUGUUGAAUAUGGUACAGCAUCAAAGCUGUAUAUUCUCAUUAAGACUGUACAUACAAUUUUAUUGUUCGUCGUUAUGUUAGUGAUUGUUAAACACACCUCGAUGAUACUACGAAAUCAAGCGAGAUUUAGCGAAGGGUCGAGGAAAAUGCAUCAGGAAGCCAUUCGUGGAUUGACUGUCCAGACCGUGGCCAUCACGUUCUCGGAGAUCGUUCCCGUUUUGAUGCUCUGUGCCAGUUUCUAUGUGAGAAAGGUCACGUCGAAACCACCACCUCACAGUGCCACGGUAAAUUACGGUACAAGGUCAACAAACAGGGAUGAUAUUCACUAUGAAGCCAACAAUCAAAACGGAACAGGGGCAGAAGAGUUCGUAUGGAACACAAGAGAAGCGUUGGCUGAUUCGACGAAGUCAGCGGGAGAAAAACUAGUGCUAAUCUAC